GGCGCGGGGGGGUGGUCACGUGGGGCGGGGUCCCAACAUGGCGGCGGCGCUGGGGAAGGAGAAGGAGGAGGAGGCGAAGCGGCUCCUGAGCGAGGCCGAGAGGAAGGUCCGCGGGGCCUCCUCCUUCCUCGGGGGCCUCUUCGGGGGCUCUUCCCGCCUGGAGGAGGCCUGUGAGUGUUACGGCCGCGCCGCCAACAUGUUCAAGAUGGCCAAGAACUGGAGUGGAGCAGGGAAUGCCUUUUCCCAGGCUGCCCGGCUGCACCUGCAGCUGCAGAGCAAACACGACGCCGCCUCCGCCUUCGUGGACGCCGGGAACGCCUUCAAAAAGGCCGAUCCACAGGAGGCCAUCACCUGCCUGCUCCGGGCCAUCGAGAUCUACACGGACAUGGGCCGUUUCACCAUCGCCGCCAAACACCACGUGGCCAUCGCCGAGAUCUACGAGGGGGACCUCGUCGACGUCGAGAAGGCCAUCGCCCACUACGAGCAGGCGGCCGAUUAUUACAAAGGGGAGGAAUCCAACAGCUCAGCCAACAAGUGCCUGCUGAAGGUGGCCACGUUCGCGGCGCAGCUCGAGCAGUUCCCACGAGCCAUCGACAUCUACGAGCAGGUUGGCUCCAUGGCCAUGGACAGUCCCCUGCUCAAGUACAGUGCCAAGGAUCAUUUUUUCCGGGCGGCCCUUUGUCACUUCUGCGUGGAUCAGCUCAAUGCCAAGGAAUGUCUGGAAUGUUCCCAGCUGGCCGUGCAGAAAUACGAGGAGAUGUUCCCGGCCUUCUCCGACUCCCGGGAAUGCAAACUGCUCAAGAAGCUGCUGGAGGCCCAUGAGGAGCAGAACGUCGACGCCUUCACCGACGCUGUGAAGGAAUUCGACUCCAUCUCCCGCCUGGAUCAGUGGCUGACGACGAUGCUGCUGCGGAUCAAACGAACCAUCCAGGGCGAGGAGGAGGAUCUGCGCUGAAAAACACCCCAAAAACACCCCAAAACCCCCCCAAAAACCCCCCUAAACCCCCCCAAAAAACCCCAAAACCCAGGAUCAUUCCCAGCAUUCCAGGCCUUUCCCAGCCUCUGGAAUUGCCCCUUUUUUGUCCCUUGUAAAUGGGAUUUUUUUCUCCUUGGAAAUUAAAUAUUUAAUGUAAGA